CAACUGAAUUAAGGAACUGUCGGACUGUCGGAGUAUCAGAAAUCUUGAAAACAAAGUAUCGUUUACGAAGAAAAACAUUUUUUUUUUUAUAUUUUCACGAAAAGUGUUCACAAAAUUAUCGAUCUCAUAAUAAUCAGUGUUUAAAAAUUGGUGUUCAACUACUUGCCUCAGAUAUGAGCGCUUUGGAUUUCGAUAAGAUAUGUCGCCUUUGUUGCGAGAAAAAAGGUCGUUUGCGACCUCUGUUCCAAUUUCCGCCGGAACAUACGCGCUCGCUGCCGGAUAUAAUCUUCGAUAUUUCUCGGCUUCAGAUGGAACCCGGCGAUGGCAUGCCGCAGAAAAUCUGUAGAGUGUGCGUCACCACACUGGAGAAAAUGCAGGAAACCAUCGAGAGCUAUCGGGCAAACGAUUUGAAACUACGCGAGCAACUUGGCGGUAUGCCGAUGCCACUGGUCGAGAUCAAGGAAGAGGAAGUCGAUGUGGAGCUGCUGGAGCAGGCUUUCACACAGGAAUUGAAAGUUGAGAAUAUCGCACUUAAGCAGGAAGUAGUCGACGAUGAAUAUCUUGACUAUGAGCAACUGGAAGAACUCAACGUGGAAGAGCAAACUAUUAAAAAUCUUGUCAGCAAAGUAGAAAAAUCUGAAGAUGAGUAUUAUUCGAAAGAUGCAGUCUCGAGCGAUGAAGACUGGAAGCCAAACGAGGAUGACGAUGAGGACGAGAAACCGCUAGUGAAGAAGCAACGCAAAAUGAACACAGAAGGAAACAAACUUGCUACAAAGAAGCCACGUAAGCGGAGAAAUCCAAACGAACCGCCCAAGUACCCCGGGCGUAAGCGGAGAAAUCCAAACGAACCGCCAAAGAAGCCCGGGCGCAAACGCAUCAGAUUCGACAAUCCGAAUCGACCCCGAUUGCACGAUCACAAGUGCUACAUUUGCAUGAGUGAUUCUCAUGGAACGCCGGAAGCGUUGAUUGCUCACCUGAACAGUUCCCAUUCCGAUAUGGUGCCUUACACCUGCACGGAAUGUGUAACGGACACGGUGGUUAUCCGAAGUGUUGAAGGUAUUAAUUUCCACAAACGGCAACAUUUGAAUCCGGAAAAAUGUCCAUACUGCGAUAAGCGGUACUCGAGCAAAAAUAAUGUCGACUUGCAUAUUCAGCUGCACCAUGCCGGAGAGGCGGACGUACCUGCGGUUCCAUCUACGUGUGAAUACUGUGGAAAGGUUUAUCCCUCUAAAGUAGCUUUAUUAACGCACAUAAAAAUACACACCUCCGCAGUGGCUUGUGAAGUAUGUGGCAAAGUGUUCGUGCAAAGAAACAAACUGCGAUUGCACAUCGAACGUCGACAUCAGAAGAUGAAGAACUACGAAUGCCACGUUUGUAAGAAAAAGCUCACAUCUCUAGGAGCAGUAACAAAUCAUAUUAAAACUUAUCAUAGCAAUCAGAUAUUUAAGUGCAGUUAUUGUCCUAAGACUUACACUUCGGAACUGACCCAUAGAUAUCACGAGAAGAAACACACUGAAAACCAGGACUAUGUGGCCCCGAAGGAGUGGAAGGAAUACUACACCGUGCUCGAAGGAGAAGAGGGCAAAAAGGAUAAGCUUAAAAAAUGCAAACUCUGCGGAGUCGUCACACGAGGGAUGGGAACUCACCUGUCCACGGUGCACUUCCCAACGGAAUAUCGUUGCAAGGAGUGCGGCAUGACCUUCAAGCGCAAGCAAACAUACGACAUUCACGUACAGGAGCACGAGUAUGGGAAGGCGCAUCGGUGCCCAAUAUGUGGUCGGGAGUUUUCUGAGCGGAAGAAUUUGCUCACGCACCUUCGGACGAAGAAGCAUCAGGAUCAUCCCCUAGCGCAAGCGGUACUCAGCACGGUCCGGACGCCGAAUUGGGCCAAGGCUGCUAAGGAAACGAGCUCCCCGGUAGUCACAAAGGAAGAAAUUCAAAUAGAACUGGAAGUGGGUGAUGAAAAUUUUAUGUAAUCGACUUGACAAUAAAAUUGGUUGAGCUA